CCGUUUGACGGGGGUUGCUACAGCCAAUAGCAGCGAAGAGUUCUGACUAAGUCAAAACAUUGAACCUCUGACAGGUUGCAGGACGAUUUUUCGAAGUUUAAAAGUCGUGGAGGAUCUGAAACAAGUUCAAACAGUCGCUGAUUGCCAGGUUAAUAAGUUCAGUUUUCGUGUUAGUGAGUUUCGGUGCUUUAGUCGAGAAUAACAGUGUGUGAAAAUGAUGCAUUUGGAUCAACCCAUGCAGAUGGAGCAGCAUAUGGCUAUGGACCAUCAAAUGGUGCUCAAGCCACAAUCUCCAUCAUCGUCCAGCAGGAUUCUGGAUAUACCGUGCAAAGUUUGUGGUGAUUUUUCCUCGGGCAAACAUUAUAACAUCUUUGCCUGUGAUGGUUGCGCUGGAUUCUUCAAGAGAUCAAUCCGCAGAAACCGGCAGUACGUCUGCAAGGCCAAGGAAGAAGGCUCCUGUAUUGUUGACAAGACCCACAGGAAUCAGUGUCGGGCUUGCAGAUUGACGAGAUGUCAGGAAGCAGGAAUGAACAAAGACGCUGUUCAACAUGAAAGAGGUCCUCGCAACUCCACCCUGAGGAGGCAACAGAUGUCCAACUUCUUCAGUGAUGCUAGAGAACGGAUGAUGGUGUCGCCACCUUGUGGUGGGGCCCUGGAUCUCGCUAUACCGAAGCCAAAUCUGCAGCGUACCUCAGAAAACCCUUUUGCAUUAUCUCAUCCAGGUUUUUGGUGCAAUGGGUACAUCAGUUUGCCAAAGCUUCCAAUACCGAUACCAUCAAUCAACCCCCCUCUAGUCCCUCAUCCGUCCUUUGUUUGCGAAGCAGCUGCCAGGUUACUCUUCAUGAACGUCCAGUGGACGAAGAGCAUGCCCUCGUUGACAUCCCUUCCGUUUGCUGACCAACUAGUGCUUCUGGAAGAGAGCUGGAAGGAACUCUUCAUUCUCGGAGCAGCUCAAUUCCUCCCGAUUACUUAUUUAGCGCAGCUGAUACCAGAUUCCGGGGCCUUGGAGCGAUCAGAACGUCCUGAGUCAUUCAUGCAGAAUGUCCAGUACUUCCAGGAGUUGAUUAUCAGUAUCAGGCAGUUCCAGGCGGAUCCGCAUGAAUACGCUUGCUUGCGAGCGAUAGUUCUCUUCAAGACGUCUUUCGAUAAGAUUGGACACUCUUCUUCUCCUUCCCCGACACACGUUCUGUCGGACCCUGCCAGAAUAUCAGCUGUACAGGAUGAAUCUCAACUCACUCUCAAUAAAUAUAUCAGCACAACCCACCCAGAGGAGCCCCUCAGAUUCGGCAAGAUGAUGCUGAUGAUUCCCAAUUUGAGGACAGUACCUGGGGAAACCAUCGAAGAGCUAUUCUUCAGGAAGACGAUUGGUAAUAUUCCGAUAGUCAAGAUUAUAUCCGACAUGUAUAAAACUCAGUUCGGAUUAUGACUAGCAGAGAAUGUCGUCUAAACCAUAACAUUGCAUACAUAUGCAGAAGAAGCAUUUGAUCAGAGUGCAUACAUAUGCGCUGAUCAGUGGUACGAAUAUAACUAGGAAUUCUACAAAGGAUUCCUGCGACUUACAAGCCUCGCUGAAUUUUUCAGCGUGAAAGAGACUCCAGAAGAGUUAGAAGAACGAGCAUACAUAUGCCAAGAAGAUCCUCUCUGCAUAGUAUUUGUGUGGAGAUUUGUGGUACACCACGACUGACUGUGAUAUUAGAAAUAUCGAAUUCUACAAAGAAUUCGUAUCAAUAGUCUUAUUGAUGGGUUAUUCUGAGCUGAUUUUUGUUCAGCACUGAGAAGGAGACACCAGGAAAAACAUUGCAUACACAUGCCAAAUAAAUUACCUGUGAUAUAAUGAAUAAGGCUACGUUCUACAAAGAACAAACAUACAAACCGUGUCAAUCUAUUUCAAAAGGAAAAGAGAUACCGUAGAGGAAGAAACCAAACUGUUGGUGUUCGAAGAAGACCUUGGAGCAUGAUAUUGGUGCAGUCGUAAGAUGUUUGACAGAAUCCGGAUAUACGAUUUUUUACAUCCUAAAACAGCCAAUCAUCAGGGGUAGUUCUUCAUUCCACUGAGAGGAACCAUCAUCUACUUAAGAAAAUAAUUGUUAUUUUCAAAAUGGAAACGAGCUAAAAGUGUGUGAAACUGUAUAUAUAAAUCACAGGAUUAUUAUUUCUGUAAAAUAUCUAUUAUAUAUGCCAGUUUACUUUACAAUGGUUUAACAAACUGAAACCGGCCGUAACAAAUUAAUAUCUUAGUAGAAAUUAGAGUAAAGUUUUUUUCUAUCUUGUAUAUAAUAAAUCUUAGGAAAAACUAGGAUGUUUGAGAAUUUUUGUAAAUA